CAUGUUAAAACAGGGCAACUUGCAGCUAUUAAAGUCAUGGAUGUCACUGGGGAUGAAGAAGAAGAAAUUAAACAAGAAAUUAACAUGCUAAAGAAAUACUCUCAUCACCGAAAUAUUGCUACUUAUUAUGGUGCUUUCAUUAAAAAGAAUCCACCAGGAAUGGAUGAUCAGCUCUGGCUGGUGAUGGAGUUCUGUGGUGCUGGAUCUGUUACUGAUCUGAUCAAGAACACAAAAGGGAACACUUUGAAGGAGGAGUGGAUUGCCUAUAUCUGCAGGGAGAUUUUACGGGGCUUGAGUCAUCUCCAUCAACACAAAGUAAUCCAUCGAGAUAUUAAAGGCCAAAAUGUUUUGCUAACUGAAAAUGCAGAAGUUAAACUAGUGGAUUUUGGAGUCAGCGCUCAACUAGACAGAACAGUUGGUCGAAGAAAUACAUUUAUUGGAACACCGUAUUGGAUGGCACCCGAGGUCAUUGCCUGUGAUGAAAACCCUGAUGCUACUUACGAUUUCAAGAGUGAUUUGUGGUCUUUAGGGAUAACAGCCAUCGAAAUGGCAGAAGGAGCUCCCCCCCUUUGUGAUAUGCAUCCCAUGAGAGCCUUGUUCCUCAUUCCCCGAAACCCAGCCCCCAGGUUGAAAUCAAAGAAGUGGUCCAAAAAAUUCCAGUCCUUCAUUGAAAGCUGUCUGGUAAAAAACCAUGGUCAGAGGCCAACCACUGAACAGCUGAUGAAGCAUCCGUUUAUUCGAGACCAGCCAAAUGAAAGGCAGGUUCGCAUCCAGCUCAAAGAUCACAUUGACAGGACUAAGAAAAAACGAGGAGAGAAAGAUGAGACGGAAUAUGAGUACAGUGGAAGUGAGGAGGAAGAGGAAGAAAAUGACUCUGGAGAACCCAGCUCCAUCCUAAACCUGCCUGGAGAAUCAACCUUAAGGCGGGAUUUUUUGCGGCUUCAGCUUGCAAACAAGGAACGCUCAGAGGCCCUCCGUCGGCAGCAGCUGGAGCAGCAGCAGCGUGAAAAUGAAGAACACAAGAGGCAGCUCUUGGCAGAACGUCAGAAGAGGAUUGAGGAACAGAAAGAGCAGAGACGGAGGCUGGAAGAGCAGCAAAGGAGAGAGAAGGAGUUAAGAAAACAACAAGAGAGAGAGCAACGGCGGCAUUAUGAAGAACAGUUGCGGCGAGAAGAGGAAAGGAGACGGGCUGAACAUGAGCAGGAAUACAAGCGCAAGCAGUUGGAGGAACAACGGCAAGCAGAGAGGCUACAGCGACAACUGCAACAAGAAAGAGACUAUCUAGUUUCUUUACAGCAGCAACAGAGACAAGAACAGAGACCAACAGAGAAGAAGCCUCUUUAUCAUUACAAGGAGGGGAUGAAUGCCACUGAGAAGCCAGCUUGGGCAAAGGAGGUUGAAGAACGUUCCAGACUUAACCGGCAAAGUUCCCCAGCCAUGUCUCACAAGGUGGCCAACAGAAUUUCUGAUCCAAACCUUCCGCCUCGAUCAGAGUCCUUUAGUAUCAGCGGGGUGCAGCCUGCUCGGACACCACCCAUGUUGCGAGCAGUAGAUCCACAGAUUCCACAUCUGGUCAGUGUGAAAUCCCAGGGACCUUCCUUGCCUGCCUCUCAGUCACUGCAUGAACAACCCACAAAGGGAAUGGCUGGGUUUCAGGAAGCUCUAACGGUGACCUCUCACCGCACUGAGAUGCCAAGGCAGAACUCGGACCCCACUUCCGAAAAGCCUCCUCUCCCCCCUCGUGUUGAAAAGUUUGAUCGAAGUUCUUGGUUACGGCAGGAAGAAGACAUUCCACCAAAGGUGCCUCAGCGAACUACUUCCAUCUCACCUGCAUUAGCUCGGAAGAACUCACCUGGGAAUGGGAAUGCUCUAGGACCGCGACUCGGAUCACAGCCCAUAAGAGCAAGUAACCCAGACCUGCGGAGAACAGAGCCCAUAAUAGAAAAUCUGAUACAGAGAACAAGCAGUGGCAGUUCUUCCAGCUCCAGCACCCCCAGUUCGCAGCCCAGUUCACAGGCUGGCUCACAACCUGGAUCCCAAGCUGGCUCCAGUGAACGGAACCGAGCCAGAGGAAAUGCCAAGCUUGAAGGAUCACCUAUACUACUACAUGAACCAGCCAAGAUAAAGCAGGAAGAUAGCAAGGAGGUGACCCGGCCAAGUCGACCUGCUGUGACCUAUAAUAAAGCAAUAGAGAAGGAUCUGACUGCUUUAGCAAAAGAACUGCGGGAGCUGCGGAUUGAAGAAACCAACCGGCCUUUAAAGAAAGUUACCGAUUAUUCCUCUUCCAGUGAAGAGUCUGAAAGCAGCGAAGAGGAGGAAGAGGACGGAGAAAGCGAAACACAAGAUGGCACUGUGCCUGUCAGCGACAUCCCAAGGCUUAUACCAACGGGAAUGCCAGCCAACAACGAGUCCUACAAUCUAGGAAUGGUAUCAAGUCAUGGUGGUCUGGAGCCCCCACACCCUGAUAAAUUUAGCAGUAUUUCAAGAGAAGGGACUUUAAUGAUAAGGGAGACUUCUGGUGACCACAAGCGCGCAGGCCACCCAGCCAGCAAUGGCUUUGCUGGCCAUGUCAACCUUCCCGAUCUAGUGCAACAAAGCCAUUCACCUGCGGGCACGCCGACUGAGGGUUUGGGGCGAGUCUCCACUCAUGGGCAGGAGAUGGAGCCUGUGGCUGAAUAUGGCAUGGGGAGCAGUACAAAAGCUUCUUUCACCCCAUUUGUGGACACCAGAGUGUAUCAGACCUCUCCGACUGAUGAAGAUGAAGAUGAUGAUGAAGAAUCCACUGCUACAGCAUUAUUUACCAGUGAGCUGCUGAGGCAAGAACAGGCCAAACUUAAUGAAGCAAGAAAAAUUUCUGUAGUAAAUGUGAACCCCACCAACAUCCGUCCUCAUAGUGACACCCCAGAGAUCCGAAAGUACAAGAAACGCUUCAAUUCAGAAAUCCUGUGUGCUGCUUUAUGGGGUGUAAACUUGCUGGUAGGAACCGAGAAUGGACUUAUGCUGUUGGAUCGGAGUGGACAAGGAAAAGUGUACAAUCUGAUCAAUCGGAGACGGUUCCAACAAAUGGAUGUGCUAGAAGGCCUCAACGUCCUUGUAACUAUCUCAGGAAAGAAGAACAAGCUUCGAGUUUACUACCUUUCAUGGUUAAGAAACAGAAUAUUGCACAAUGAUCCAGAAGUAGAAAAGAAACAAGGCUGGAUCACUGUAGGUGAUUUGGAAGGCUGCAUUCAUUAUAAAGUUGUGAAAUAUGAGAGAAUCAAGUUCUUGGUGAUUGCCUUAAAGAAUGCUGUAGAGAUAUAUGCUUGGGCUCCUAAACCUUAUCACAAGUUUAUGGCAUUUAAGUCUUUUGCAGAUCUUCAGCACAAACCAUUGCUUGUUGACCUCACAGUAGAAGAAGGACAGAGGUUGAAAGUCAUCUUUGGGUCACAUACUGGUUUUCAUGUUAUUGAUGUAGAUUCAGGCAAUUCUUAUGACAUCUACAUACCAUCUCAUAUUCAGGGCAAUAUUACACCUCAUGCCAUUGUCAUCUUACCCAAGACGGAUGGGAUGGAAAUGCUUGUGUGCUAUGAGGACGAAGGGGUAUACGUUAAUACCUAUGGACGCAUAACAAAAGAUGUUGUACUCCAGUGGGGAGAAAUGCCCACUUCAGUGGCCUAUAUUCAUUCCAAUCAAAUAAUGGGCUGGGGUGAGAAAGCUAUUGAGAUACGAUCAGUGGAAACGGGACAUUUGGAUGGAGUAUUUAUGCACAAGCGUGCUCAGCGGUUAAAGUUUCUAUGUGAAAGAAAUGAUAAGGUAUUUUUUGCAUCGGUAAGAUCAGGGGGAAGUAGCCAAGUAUUUUUCAUGACCCUGAACAGAAAUUGCAUGAUGAACUGGUAAUGAAGGAGCACUUGGUGUUUAUUUUGAUGCCAAGAUGUGUUAAAUUUUGAAGGACAUUGGAAUUUGCAGAGUUAUACUGUCAAGGCAAGUGAAGAAGAAGAAGAUAUUGUGGAUCCUGUUGGCUUUCUUCGGUGAUC